GUCGGCAGGUGGAGCAGAUACGAGAGGACCUCAGAAGAGCUUUGGGAAAGGACCUCGUCAAGGAAAUACAGAGUCCUGAACACAUCAACGUUCAAGGAGAUGUCGAUCAGGAGGCACUCACACCAGCUCUUCCAGAUGAGAAGAAAGGAGUGACAUUCAGAGCUAGUGCGAAUGAUGAUAAUCUUCAAUCUACUGCCAACAAGAACGAGAAGGAAAGGAAUGACAAAGAGGGCAAAGAACCUUUGACAAAAGCAAAAAAAAUUAUUUCAUCAUCUUCAACUACUGCCCACACGAGCAAGGCCAAGAAGCCAGUUGUCGACAUCUUCGCAUUCGAUCCUUUCAGACCUGAUAAGAAGCGCGCACGAGCCGAACGCAAGCGCAAACUAGCAGAAUGGAAGAAACGUCUUGCAGAAAUAGAAGAAAUUGAAGCUGCGAUUCUUGGAUCGGCGAGAGGAGAGAUGAAGCAGACUCCUGUUCUUGAUGCUGCUCCUGCUGAGGAUAAUGUCGGUACUGGAGAAAGUAGUCAUGGUGAUCCAUAUAUUCUGUCCCUUCGUCGUGAAUUGCUUGAAGCCUUAGAAGCAUCAUUAGAGCAUUUUCGGCCGCCGCCACGUGGUAGAUCUGGUUCUGCAAGUGCAACCUCUUCGAGUACAGUUAGCUCUGACGACGAUUCUACUAGUUCUGACAGCAGCGGAGGUGCAAGAGUGGAUAAGACAGCAAAGAAUUCUGGGGCUUGUAAUAUUAGCACAACAACAACUAGCAAAUUGACUUCCUCCGCGUCUCCUUCAAGGCGCAAGCAAAGAGAAGAAACGAGGCACCGACGUUUGCUUGGCGAUUUGGCUAUUCAGCGGGAGGACGACAUUCGACCUGGUAGGAGGUUGAAAUACGAAGUCGGAGUAGUGAAAGACGCGACGACCACAUUUGGAGACGCGAGAGCAUGGGAGGAGAGUUUGAACAGAGUUAGGAGGAAGGAAGAAGUAGAAGAGCGGUGGUUCUUCCCUAAAGACGACGGUCCUGUUUCUCCUACUAGAUCAGCGUUGUCAACGUCUAGGUGCGGAGGAUCUCCCACGUCGAAUACAGCAAGAACAUCGAAGUUGAAUAGUGCUAGAGGAGGCGUGGGUCAGGGUGCAGCGGGUGAGCAGGACAAGGGCAAAAAUACUUCAACAGUACCAGAGAAAGGAGGAGGUAAAAAAGAUGAGAAUACACGAACAGGCAGUAAAACUGGAUCGCCCGGCACAGGAGGUAAGAUGAAAAAUGACGAGAAAAAAGCAGCAAGUCCAAGCACAAACAAGCCAGGUACAACUAGUCCAGGUGGCGCUCAAAAAAGCGUUGCUUUCGACGAAAAUACAGCAGCGAGAACGUAUAACACCAUCAACACAGCUUCUACCUCGCUAGAAGCAAGUCUAGAGCAGCCGGAUAUCCAGAAGAGAAGAGCAGUAGCGAUUCAGCAACGAAAGCUGACGAAUCAAGAAAUCCACACAAUGUACCAACAACUGCAUAUCGGAAAAUGGAAGAAAAUACUUCCGUCCUACACUGGGUGCUUCGAGGAUUUGUUGUCGCUUACUCUCGGCACAGUGGAUGUUGCGAAACUGGGAC